AUGUCCGUCAAUUUGGUUCUUAUCGUGGCGCUGUGUGCAGUUGGGCUCACUUCGUCUGUAACUGCGCAAGCAAUCUCGCAGUAUGACGUUUCACCUUCGCUAUCGGAAAGCCAAAGCAAUUGGGAUGCGCUGGGGGGCCUCUAUGCUCUGUUAGCACAACACGAUGCUUUGGGCGGGCAUGCUCUUGCUCGCAAAUCCGUUAGAUCGCCUUCAAGACGCCUGCGCUUCGGCCGCCGAUCUGACCCUGACAUGCCACCUCAAGCACCAUUAGAUGAAAUGGAUGAGCUUCUUUCCCUGCGUGAAGUUCGCACCCCUGUGCGUCUACGUUUUGGCCGACGAUCUGAUGAACGUGUUGUUCCACACAUCUUUCCCCAAGAGGAGCAAGACCGCGCCGUGAGAGCACCCUCCAUGAGGCUUCGCUUCGGCCGACGAUCGGAUAACAACAUGUUCUUACUUCCAUAUGAGUCGGCCAUACCCAAAGAAGUGAAAGCAAGCAGCUCAGUUGAAGACGACAGGCAACAGAAUUAA